AAGAAAAAGUGAAAAGUGAUGGUGGGUUUUGGUGAAUGACUUCUAUUUCUCUCCGUUUUUUUUGUCCUGAAUCGCGUGGGUCUGAUAGCUGGUGUAGUGAAAAGGGCGGAUUGAAUGGAAGAGCCGAUCUGAAGUGUUUUGGGGAAGAGGAAAUGAGCUGAUGUGAAUGGAAGCACGCUGCAGCCUACAGUUCUGUGGAUGUGACUGAUCUUUCGAGCGUCUAGUGGAUGCUGAAAGUGCUAUUUAUUAGUAGGUUCUGUUGUUCACGUUUUAUUGGGAACUAGACCAACUAGACCAACUAGACCAAUGCGUAACUGACCUGCAAAUGAUGGAAGUUUAACGCUGCAUCAUUACUUCGUUUCUACCAAAGUGCUUCUAGACAAACGGAAGUUUUAAUCUCAGUGUGAACUGAUUUUCGGAGGUGAAGCAUGGCUGUAAACACCGACAGUGAGUUUGAGAAGACGGGCCUGGCUGAACGCGGCAGGGUGCAGCAUGAAACGGAGAAGCUGCUGUGUGACGGCGGAGCAGGAAACGGGCUCAGUAUGUCCACCUCCGGCACUCUCACUGUGGACGUAGAGAAAGGAGCCGAGGGCGAGCAGAACGGCCACGGCGGACCACAGAGAUCGAGCUCGGUGGUCCAGCUCGCCUCAGCACCCCUGUCCUCUUCCAGACCAAGCCUGAGCCGCACCUCAUCCACCGGCAACGCGGUGCAUGAGCAGCCCAUACCCAAAGACUACCUGCUGCUGGUCAUCCUGUCCUGCUUCUGUCCCGUCUGGCCCGUAAGCAUCGUAGCACUCGUGUAUUCCAUCAUGUCCAGAAACAGCCUACAGCAGGGGGAUAUUGACGGGGCAAAACGACUGGGACGCCUGGCUCGUCUACUCAGCAUCGUGGCCAUCAUCCUGGGCCUGGUUGCAAUUAUUGUCUAUGUUGUGGUGUCAGUGAGCUAAAGUACAGGAAGACAUCUGACAAGAAACAACCAUCUACAGCAAAAAAGUCUCUACUGUGUAAUUAAAAAAGAGAUCUUUCAUAUAAAAUGACAUACAAAAGAAAAAGAAAUUAAAAGGAGUGUAGCAAAAAUAAGAUCUAUUUACAGAGAAAUGACAUGCAUGCUAUAAGUUAAUGUGUGCUUGAUUAAAAAAACCCACAACUAUAGGUUUAAAGUGAACAGUAAGUGUGCUUAGUGUACACCAAACACUGUUCUACUGACAAACUGACCGAUGAUGAUGAUGCCAAGGAUGAGAGUGGAUCUCUUCAGCAAGAUGGGGACCUCAAGCUGCAAGAUGCAUUCUAACAUUAUAUUACUCCUGAAAUAUCCAGAUGCACAGAUAUAUUUGAAAUAUUUCUCUUCGCAUAUAUUUUAUGUAAAGAUUUGUAUGACAAGAUGAAAUGAAUUAGGAGAAGCAGGAGAGUCUUAGCUUUGCCACAUGAUACGUGACCUUAUGGACAUUGUCAAUGGAAAAUGGAAAGAAUUAUGAACAGGAGGAGUAUUUUUGUUUUGCCUUAUUUAUUUUGUAGCUUUUGUUUUAUGAAGAAUGAACACAUGCAUGUAAAAAAGCCAAACAUCAUCAUGUCCCUUUAGAAAGACUUUUUUGUGGGCACUUAAAUUGAAUUGCACAUACUACAUGACUGGAUCUGGUCUGGGCACAGAUGAGCUGAUUCUCUUGGCCUUGCUGUUGGAAGUGCUGCGGGUACUACGCACUGAAACGCAUGUCAAAUCCCCUUCCCACAUCUGAGCUACCUGCUGAAGCAUGGACAAACGUCUAGAGGCAUGAUUGGAGCAGGACCACUUCACCGUGCUCGGUGCCAAAGCCCUCAGAGCUGAACUCUACCCACAAUCACUAAAACCACUAGUGCAGAAUGCCACUCUAGCUCUUUUGGACUCCUAACUUGUAUACGUAUGCUAUAUAUCCAAAUACUUACCAAACUAUUUAGGCAUGCUGUAGACAGACAGUAUAUCUGUUUGCUAUUCUCUCUCUCACACACACACACAAAAGCGCCACUUUAAAUCAAAUUGUUUCUUUGAUACAACACAAAUUACAGUAUUUCCUGCAUCUUUGCAAAGGUAACGAUAAAAUUGAAAUUUUUAGUCUAAAACUUUGUUGAAGUCAAAUAAAAAAACACCAAGAUUCGGCUGUUAGGCUUUUUCUUCAUAAAUGUAAUACAUGACCACUUUCUCAUUCUGUUCAAGAAUUUUACUGCCCCAUUCAGUGAUUUCCAAGCACUUUAUUACCUGAUGUUUUUUCAGGAUUUUUACUCCAGAUUAAUAAUUCUGUUCACAUGCAUUAACAAAUUUCAAAUGUAUGAAUUUUUGUCUUAUUGAUAUAUUGCCUUGUUUCUGUUUAAUUUUUCUGUACAGGUAGAGACUGUUAGCAUCUACAAACCACCCAGAAUCACAAACACUGGAUUCUGUAUACCAUUUUACCUCAUCCACAGUUUUUUCUGUCCUUACAGUGUGUGUGAGAAUGUGUGUGAAUGUAAGAGAUAGAAAUGCUAUGCUUUGCUCUAAGCUGUGGAACAUUUAGACGAACACAGCUCACGUAUAUCUGUUUCAUACAUCAGGUACUUACUGUACAUUUAAGUGCAGUGCCAAUAUUGAUGAGAUGCACAAGUGCUGCUAUGUGUCUAAAACUGUGAUUUUAUUAUUUAUCCCUUCAACGGUUUAUGGUACCUUGGUUCACUUAGGAUAUGAAUUUCUAUUUCGUAGGUUCAUAGCGUACUUCUGCAUGGGUGGAAUAAA